CGGUGGAGAACUCGCUUCCAGACCAGUUCUGCUCUUGGAAACAGAGCUUGAAUGAGUUUAAAUAUUUACCUAUUCAUGAGAAUAUUUUCAUGUCUUUAUUUCUAAAGCAAAUCGAGUUUUCCUACUGUACUUUUUGUUCAGCCGUUUUUUUUAGCAGUCUGGUUUAGCAGUUCUUUUUAGAUUCUUCUUGGCAUCUUUGAGCGUGUUUUAGGAUAAUCUACGAUACCCAUGGCGUCUAACGAGGAAAACCGACCUAUACCCCUGACGUCAUACGAAACAGCCCUAUGUGUGGUUCCUCCGUCGCGUUUAACCGGAGAUAUUGACCGUCUACGUGCUUUAUAUGACAAAGCACAUGGAAGAUGGCCGCCACAUGCCAAUCUGAUUUACCCAUUUGUGGCUCCAGAGGCACUUCCUCAAGCAUCAAAUCUGCUGCAAUCGGUCCUAAGCGACAGGAAAGAAGUUGACCCCAUCCGUCUGCGGCUGGAUAAACCAGAUUUUUUCGCCCACAAGCGCAGUAAUACAGUUUAUCUCACGGAUAGUGGAAGCGACGGUUUGAAGGCCCUAACACAGCUACAACGAGAUAUUAUAGAUGCUUUCGGUGGCCAAUCGCGGGCCUCUGGCCAGCUGCAUCUCACAGUUGGUCAAAGCGAGGCAGAUAAUUUGGCCGAGAGACAAUUUUUGCUAGAGAAAGUCGGCUUGAUUCCUGCCAUUGAGUGGGAAGUGGAAGAACUGGUGAUUCUGAUCCGUGACCGAUCGCAGGGGCUAGAUACUGCUUCCAGCCCAAUGGUAGUCUGGGGCGCUGUUUCACUGUCUGGUACACCUUCAUCUAACUCUCAAGCUCUUGAAUACUCCUCGCCAUCCUCGUUGCCAGCUCACUCGGAGACUACGUUUCAGUUCUCGCCUGCUGAGGACGAUAGCGAAGAAGGGAAAUGGAAUGCUAUCCCAAAGUCACCUUCGUCAGCGGAAGGCAAGCCGAUGGAAUCACCAGUAACUGUUGCGUCGUACAAUGUUCUCAUCGAAUCCCCCCAUCCGCCUCCGACAGAGAGGUAUCCCCUACUCCUCCAAAAUCUACUCUCCGACGCUGCAACCGCCGAUAUUCUCAUCCUGCAAGAGGUAGCCGACGACUUUUUGUCCUUCCUUCUCCGAGACAAGGAGAUCCGCCUCCGUUACCCCUUCGCAACCCAUGGACCACCCGAUCAGGCCGAAAUCGGUCCGCUAAACAGCCUCCGAAACAUCGUCGUGCUCAGCCGUUGGCAGUUCCGGUGGGAGUGGCUGCCGUUCGACAAACGGCAUAAAGGCGCAGUCGUACUUCAGCUAGAGGACUUGGGAACCUUCCACGACUCGAAAUUCUUCCCUCUCGUUGUGACAGGUGUACACCUGAGCUGUGGUCUCAUUGACAGUUCUAUCAUGGCGAAACGGUCCCAACUCCAAACGGUACUCAGAUAUCUGUCUGGAAGUUACCCCAAUAACCACUGGGUUGUUGCGGGAGAUUUCAACAUUGCGACUUCAUCUUACACCAUCGAUACUGCAUUGAAGCGGAGGUCGAUCUCGGUGCAAGGCGCGUCGGUGCUGGCAUCUCUGGACGCUAUGUUGACUGAGGUCGGUCUCUCGGAUUGUUACUAUGCUAGUCGUGCUAGCAGUGCCGCCAGUAGUGGCCUAGGGAACCCCCAGAGUAGGUUAGAUCUUGGAACAUUGUAUGAAGGCGAGGAAGGCGCAACAUAUGACCCAACUGAAAACGAACACGCCGCAAGAAUCGCAGGACAAAGCUUUCAUAGUCGGCCUCAAAGAUAUGAUCGGGUUCUAGUACGUGGUGAAGAAUUCGAAGUUCUCUCAUAUAACCUAUUCGGAUUUCCCAGUGGAGAGGAAAGCCAGCUUGCAAGUGAUCAUUGGGGAGUGAGAGCGACAUUCAAGAUGGAUGGCCCGAGUUCUGGAGAUCUGGGAAGCGAAAAGGCCUCCAUCGCAAUUGAAAAGGCAGCAUCGAGUCUUGGAGGUGUCGAUGGCUUGAAGAAAUGUCUGAAGGAGCAUCGGGUCUUUCCAUCCGAUGAGGAAAUUUCACAGCGGAAGGAGGCUUUCGAGUUAAUCAAACAGCUCGUCAACCAGCGUGAUGCUAACCUGCCAGCUGAUACUAAGGUAGAUCUGUUGUUUGCAGUUGUACCUGUUGGCUCAUAUGGCUUUGGCGUAUGGAACAGCUCGUCCGAUAUGGACAUUCUGGUCAUUGGGCAAGUCAGUCCACGAACAUUCUUCGCCCUGAUGAUUGCAAAGCUACGGCGAGCAACAGACAACGACAUUGCGAUUCUCCGAAAGGUGAAGGCAGCAUCUGGAACAAUGUUGGAGUUGGAGGUUCGUGGAGUACGCAUUGAUCUACAGUAUUGUGCAGCAACCCGUGUCGUUGAAAGCUGGCCCCAAGCUCUAGAUCUCCCUGCAGGGGACUCCACCUUUGACCUCCCCAUACAAUCAUUGCUCAAGCUCAACUCCCUCCGCGACAUGCACUAUCUGCAACGAACAAUCCCAGACCUAGCGUCGUUCCGUCUUGCUUAUCGGUUCAUCAAGAUGUGGGCCCAGCGACGCGGGAUCUACUCCUCCAAGCUGGGUUAUCUUGGGGGGAUUCACAUUACCUUGCUCUUAGCGCGUAUUUGUACGUUCUCAUUCCGCCAAGCCGGCAGCAUCUCAGCAGCGGAUAUCAUCACCACAUUCUUCAAACACUAUGCACAGUUCAACUGGGAGAAAAAUGUCGUCUAUGAUCCCAGUUUCUAUAAGUCAGCACCGCGAUACUUCCGACCUCAAAGAGAGCCUUUGGUGAUCCUUAGCCAGCACCAACCGAAGGUCAACGUUGCGCGUGCAGCUUCUAUCCCUUCGACAAGAACAUUGGUGCAAGAGUUCCAACGGGCAGAUCAGCUCUUGUCAAGACAAGAUGUUACCUGGGAACAGUUGGCUGGGUCUGUUAAGGACCCCACCGGCGCAGACGAAUUCCUUAAAUCAUAUCGAAGUUAUGCAAAGGUGAACGUCCAGUACUGGGGCGGUGCAGCCACAAAAGGCAGAAUGCUGGUCGGGUGGUUGGAGUGGCGAUGUGUAUCGCUUCUCGUUGAUAUCCAUCGGAAAUUUCCCGAUAUCCACGCCCGGAUCUGGCCGGCCCGGUUCACAGAUAUGGAAGAGGUGGACGAGACUACAAAAGAAUAUCAAGGUUGCUAUUUGAUUGGUCUGACUAGGGAAAGUACGCCAGGGGCAACCCAGUUAAGCGAUGCCGACCGACAAUCGGCCCAGAUCUCCCUCUUGGCUGUGCUGAAUACCUUUGCCGAGCAAAUCCGUGAAGACGAGAACUACUUUGAUAGUUCCUCCAGCUGGGUUGACGUCAGCCUAGUUCAGCCAUCUGCACUCAGCGGUCUUCGAGUCGAUAGUUCCAACUGGGGAAAUGCGGCUUACGAUGAAGACUCAUUCGAUGAUGAUGAAGAUGAGAUUGAUCUGGAGGAUGAAGAGAAUGAAGAGCUAACGCAGCCACGCCAACGGACCAUGCCUAUCCGUGGCGCGAAGGCCGUCGCGAUUCCCGAAGGGACAAAGCUACGGUCUGCUAGUGAUGUUCUAAACCGACUUCGCUGGGAUGCGGAAUUUGAUAUUGAAGAUUACAUUGUCGGCUAUGACGAUCGCUUCCUUGGGGAGAGGGAAAUGCCGGUAGGGCAAUGGAAGGCAGAUCUGACCGAUGAAGCGUUUAUCCCCAUGCAUCGGAUUCUGUACUUCAAGAGGAAGAGUGAUGGAGUGAAGGUUUGGGAUCGAGAGACGAGGACCGAUCUACUGUUCGGUAGUGGUGUAUCGAGCCAGGUGCAGGAAUGAAUAAACAGUUAUAUGGUAUACUGUCGGACCGCUCUAUUCGAGGGGUGCUAAAAGUUAUAUCGUAUAGUGAUC